AUGAAGGUAGUGUUAGUGUUUUGUGCCCUGCUGGUGGCUACUCUAGGACAAGAACCGAUUCUGACGGCGCCUGGGAUUAUAGAACCAGAUGUAGAACAAUGCGAGAAGGAGCUUUACAGAUACCAAACCUGGGACGACGGUAUCUUUUUUCCGCCCAGUGUACUUGGUCAUCUUCCCCAAAUUUAUGAAGCGGAAAUUGAUCAUUCUUUUAAUCUUCCAAAACAUCAACUUCUUCUCCAAAAAAUGGACAACUACUCCAAUUACCAAAAUGCUCUCCCGGACAUGAGAGGAGAAGGGGACUAUGAGGAUUGUAAAGACUUGUGUCCAUCCACUAGCAUCGAAGUUGGUGCUGUGGCGAUUGAAAACAUAACCUAUGAUAGCAAUGGCAGACCUCAAAUGGGAAUCUGUCUUGUAGUGUAUCCGGAGUUCCAGAACUUCAAAUACCAGUCUUGUGUCUCACAACUUGCAUUAAACGUGCCAUGGACUAACGACUUCCAGAUGAAAUAUGCCUGUGUUCCCGACGGUUUCAUCAGGAGGAAGCUCAUCGUCUUCUGCCCUACAGCUGCAAUGGGACAAUGUCGUGAAGUCGAAGUAUCCGUUCCUAUGGCGUGCAGUCCAAAACUAGCCAAAUGCACAUUUACUGACGAUUAUGUGAAAAAGAUGAACGCAGAGAAGGCACGAAAAGCGGAGGAAAAACAAGCAUCUGGGCUGUCAUCCCUUCUCAGUCGUUCUCUUAACAGAGGGAGUGGAUAA